AUGGAGGCAGAAUCGGCUCCAAUUCAGCGCCCUCGGCGAAUUCGCGCCUGCCAGCAAUGCCGCUCUGCCAAGGUGCGGUGCUCGGGGGACCGCCCGUGUGAGCGCUGCGCUCGCCGCCGCGACAAAUGCACGUUUCCCGCCGACGAGGCCCACGUCUCCGUUCCAGAGCGAUACCUGCGCGAGCUGCAGCGCCAGGCCGCCCAGAACCGAGCAACUACAGCCUCGACGCCCCCCGGGGGGUCUCUCUCGGUCUCGGUCUCCGACAGCGACGCCUCGGUCCUGACGCCGACGUCGCUGCCUCUGCCUCGCGCUCGCGCUCGCGCUCGCCGAGAUACGAAUGACCCUGUCCAGGCGUACAAUCCCCUGGUCGCUCGAGAUGUGGCCUAUGUGCGUGGCUCUGACGACCGCCGCCUGCUCUUCCUCGGGCAUACCUCGACAUGGUCCUUCUGUCGACGCGCCUUUACCCUGCUGGAGGAUGCCACAGGCUCGCCUGAUACUCCGCGGGUGCCGUUGAACCUGGACGGCGCCGCGUUCCGCCUGCGCUGGCAGGCCAAGGGCGCCGUCGACGCCGGCGACCUGCUGCGGCUGCCCCCCGUCGACCACGCCCUGUUCCUCUACAACACCACCAAGUUCCGGCUGGGGGAGCUGUUUAGCCUGGUCGACGAGGCCAGCUUCCUGCGGGUGUUCGACCAGUUCCACCAGCAGCCGCUGCAGACGGCGCAGACGAAUCUGCUGUGGUUCGUCGAGUAUCUGCUGCUGCUCGCCUUUGGCAAAGCCUUCACCUCGCCGCCGUCCGCCCAGCAGCAGCAGCCGGCCGGCUGUGAGCUGGCCGUGCGGGCGCUGUCGCUGCUCCCCGACGUCGCCUUCCUGCAGGAGGAGCGGCCCGCGAUGCUGGCCAUCCAGGUGCUCUCCCUCGUCGCUCUCUACCUCCUCUCCGUCGACAUGCGGUCCGCCGCGUAUCAAUACAUCGGCCAGGCCCUGCGCCUCGCCCUGCACGACGGCCUCCACCGCGGCCUCUCCGACGACGUGAUGGACCGGGAUCUGGCCUCGCGCUGCUGCAACACCUGGUGGACCGUCUACGUGCUCGACCAGGAACUCACGGCCAGCCUGGGAUGCCCGCCGGCCGUGCCCUUGAACAGCAUCACCGCUCCCCUUCCCGACACCCGCUCGGCCUCGCUGCCGGCCAAAGCCUUGACCUUGCGCACUCGCCUGUCGCGUCUUGCGUCCAGUGUGUCCAGCACUAUCUAUAGUCUUGACCAAGGCCUCAGCUCCGACUUUGUGUGCAGCAUCACCUCUGUUCUACACCGGCUGGCCGAGACCUCGCGCGAGAUCGACCAAGUGACUGCGGCGUGCAAGGCCAGCGGCGCAGAGCUGCCACACAUGUUCUACAACAUCACUCUCUCUCACCACCACUGCAUCGUUCUGGCCACCCGGCCGUUGGUGAUCUGGCUGCUCAUCCGCAGCAUCCCCCCCGGCCAGUUCGACCCCCAGGAGCUCGCCGGCCCCAUGGCCCGCCUGCUCGAGACCUCCGCCCAGUCGGCCACCACCACGCUGGCCACGCUGGUCGCCCUUCUCGACCGCGACAUGCUCGACACCUUCCUCCCCUUCCCGCUCGAAUACGCCUUCUCCGCCGCCCUCCUGCUCUCCAUCCUCGGCUUCAUCCUGCCGGCGUACGUGCCGGACCCAGCCUGGCACCGCGCCGCCGCCGCCGUCUUUGACGAGAUGGUGCGCAGGGGGAAUGUCGUGGCUGUCCUGCGCCGCGCAGAACUAGACCAUCUGGAAGCUCUCCUCGAACCGCAUCGACAGCAGCGGCAACAAAGCGAACAGCAUCUGGCUUCGUCGCACAUGAAUAUGCCGCUUUUCGAGGGAGAGCCCGAGGCAGGCAUGAGAAAUGCAUUUGAUCCCUUUGCCCCCAGCGCAAAUGAUAUGCUUACCCUGGCAGAGCAGCUGGAGCAUGGCGACUUCUCCUCUACUUUUAUGUUUGAAUGA